AUUUAUCCAAUAGCUAAGGAUUAACAGCUCCAGUUGAGGGAUUCAGUAUCUAACAUGGCGGAUUCUUCAGCUUUCGAUCCACAGCGCCUUCUCUCUCACAAAUUCCCCGAGCUGGAUUUCAAUUACACUGAGCGAGAUGCAGCCCUCUAUGCCCUGGGUAUCGGAGCGUGUGGACGGGACGCCACUGAUUCCGAUGAGCUCAAAUGUGUUUACCAUGAAAAGGGGUAGCAAUUUAUGAACACGCAUGCAUUAUGAUUUAUGCUGAUUCUGUUAAUAAUCGUCUGGCAUUUCUUGGGUGCAGCUACGUAAUGAAGUAGGUCUUGCAGGAUUACAUGAUAAAGGUUUGUGCUCAUU